GUUUCACCAAACACUGAGCAGUUAGCUGAAGAUACCUCGUUGCAGACAUGAAUUUUUUGAAGAAGAUACUCAGACCAUCCUUGAAGGACGAGUUGGUUGCGAUUCCAUCGGGCCAAUUAAUCUUGUCGAGAUCUCCUGCCUCGCCAAAGAGCGAAAGUGAGUGUCUCUACAACGACUGCGUUGCUACCAUUCGACAAUCCUCCAUUCCUUUCAACUACCAAUUAGUUAUCCAAAGAGCUUACCAAGAGGGUGAAGAGGAUUUGAAUGAGAACGAGGAGGUUGAUGAUGGUAAUUACAACAAUUCUAUUUUGAACAACAGCAAUUCCUCUACCUCAGAUGAAAAAAUCUUUGUUAUUGACCAAUCUUUAAAAUUUCAUACUUUUAUCAAUCAUACUGAUGGAAAUCAAAUUGUAUCAUGGUUUGAUUUAUUUGGUGACGAUGGUGAUAGAUUUCAAUUCAUAGUUGAUAAUUCGGUAAACAAAAAUUUAAUCAACAAAUUCGUUAAAACAAUCUAUAAAUGCGAAUACGAGAAGAAAUACUCAAAAUCAUCUGUUAGUUGUUCGGAUGAAGAUUUAGAAGAAUUUGUCAUUGAUGUCAAUGAACUUAACAAUAGUAUCAAUGAUAAUGAUGUCUUAUAUAUAUCAUCAUCAUCAUCAUCAUCUAUAAUAUCUCUCAAUAAACAUAACAAUGAUGAUGAAUAUGCAUAUGCAGAUGAAGAGGAUAAUAAUAAUCCAUUGGAGGAUUCAUCUGACGAUGAUUUUGACAGUGAUUAUCAUGAUACCUCCCCUGUUAAUACAUAUAGAUCAAGAUUAAGAUCAAGUACAAAACAGUCAUUGAAAUCACCCUCAAAACCAAAAUCAAAGAUACAAUCACAGUUAAAUACUAAUUUAACUCCAAAUCAAAAAAAAGAGCAAAAAUUAAACCAAGAAUCAAAUUCAAGAUCUUUAUCAUCAAAUAAAAACAAUUUACCUGAAUCAACAAUUAAAACACCUAUCAAGACUUCUACCAAAACCCCUAUCAAAACCCCUAUUAAAACCCCUAUUAAAACACCUGUCAAAACACCUGUCAAAACUACUGCCAAAGCACCAAAUUCCUCAACCAAUCGUCUAAUUGAAUCUCCAAUCAGAUCUCCAAUCAAAAAAUCUAUUGAGUCUACUCAAAAGUCUUCUAUUAAAUCUCCUGCUGUGAAAAUUGAUAAAAUUGAUAAAAAUGAUAAACUAUUUGUUGAAUCCGAUUCAGAUAAUGACACUGAUCCAGAUCUUUUUCUUCCUCAAGUUCCUCAAGGUGACGUAAUCUCAACGGAUUAUGCUGAAUUACAUUUAUACAAUCCAGACUCAGAAUCCUUUAUUUUGCAAAAACAAGUUGUUAAAACUUCAAUAUUAAAUUCGGGAAAUUGGCAAUACUGGUUAAUUAUUCAAAAUUAUUCUGAAGAAGAAAAAAAAAACGAUCUUCAAAAUGCUAAAAAUAAAACCACAUCAAAUGAUAAAAAAAUUAGCAAUGAUUUCAUCUUGGGUCCAUUAAUUGAUCAAAACAUGGCUCCAACUUUUAAUUUUGACCAUUUAUCAUUCAUUUUCAAUUAUUUUAUUCAAGAGAGAGCCUUAUCUUGGUUAUUGAAAUUUAACACAUUUGAAGAAUUAUCCAAUUUUCAAUCUGCUUUUAUGAGCGCUUUAUGGGAAUCAUUAAAUAAAAUCAAGUGGGGAAAUUUUAAAAAAAACGAUGAAAGUUAUAUUCUUGAUGCUUUCAAUAAUUUAGACUUGGAUAAUAAAUCAGAUAUUGAAGAAAUCGAGCAAUACGAUAAAGAUGACAUCGAUGUCAAUUAUUAUGAUGAUGAUCAAACGCAUUCACAAACCGAAACUGAUCUCGAAUCUGAUUUUGAUACCAAUAAAAACUCAAAAAUUUGUAUUUCAAAGAAAAAAAAAGAAGAUUUUUCUGAUGAUGACCUCUUUAAUGAGGAUAAUCAAAAAUAUAAUAAUCAAAAAUUCAGAAAUAAUAACGAUAAAAAUUCUGCCUUGACGGUUUCUUAUAAAAAUGAUAGAUCCUAUGUUGUUAGAGGUGAUAAAAUCGGUGUCUUUAAAACUGAUGAUGACAGUUUAAAUUUUCAAAAUGCUAUUGAAAAUAUUAAAGAUUUACAAGGCAAGAGUUUUAAUCCAGAUAAAAUUAUGUUACAUACUGAAGAUCGUUCCUUGAUUAUGCAAAGUUCGAAAAAUAAGAAAGAAUUGUAUAAGUUAGAUCUUGAAAAGGGUAAAGUUAUAGAAGAGUAUAAAGUGGGUGAAGAUAUUCCUGUAGUUGAAUUCAAUCCAACUUCAAAAUUCAGUCAAAUGACUAAUGAACAAACCUUCCUCGGUAUUUCUUCAAAUGGUCUUUUCAAGCUUGAUCCUAGAAUUUCUUCCAAAAAUAAAUUGAUCGAUUCGGAAUACAAACAAUAUAAAACCAAAACUAAUUUCUCUGCAAUGACAGCAACUUCACUUGGUAAUAUAGCUGUUGCUUCAAAGACUGGUGAAAUCAGAUUAUACGAUAGACUAGGCAUCAAUGCUAAAACUCAGUUACCUGGCUUAGGUGAAGAAAUCAAAGGUAUUGAAACUUCUUCCGAUGGUAGAUGGGUAUUGGCCACCUGCAAAACUUAUUUAUUACUAGUUGAUGCUAAAAUAAAAUCAGGAAAAUACAAAAACUCUACUGGUUUUAUGAGAUCUUUCUCUAAAGAUUCCAAACCAAUUCCAAGAAGAUUACAAAUUUCUCCUCAACAUAUCGCAUAUAUGCAACAACAAACUGGGAGUGCUCUCGACUUCACUAAGGCUCAUUUUAAUACUGGUAUUGAUGUCAAAGAAACUACUAUUAUUUCAUCAACUGGACCUUAUGUUGUUCAAUGGUCCUUGAAAAAGAUUCUUAGAGGCGACAAAGACCCCUAUCUUAUCAAAAAGUACGAUUUAAAUGUCAUGGCUGAGAACUUUAGAUUCGGUACAGAUAAGAAUGUUAUUCUUGCUAUGACUGAUGAUGUUACAAUGGUAAGCAAGAAAAGUUUUAAAAAACCAACAAGGGAGACGUUGGCAGGUCCAAUAGAUAAAGAUUCAAUUGUCAAAACUUAUUAAGUAAUUUCAAACUUUGGCAACAGUAUAUGAAAACAUGAAAGCCCAAAGUUUAAUUUUUUUUUAUGGAGAGAACCUUUUUUUUUCGAUUAUGUUUUGAAUAUUGCCACUUUUUUAAUUUAGUCUUAACUUUUAUUGUUUCAAUUUUAUUGAUCAUUUAUUAUAUAUCCCCUAUCAUUCCCUCCCUUUUCCUUACGGGCUGUUUUUAACACCAUUAUUUAUUUAUAACAAAAAAGCAGAUUUGUUGCAGUCCAAAUUCCUAUGUCUUUUUUAUUUUUUUUUGCCUUUUUUGUUACUGUCCACUUUCUGCUGUUGGAAUAAGUGUGCUUCUUUUUAUAGUCAAACUUGGUUUUAAUAAAUGUUAAU